AUGCCAGAUUCUCGCAUUUCCGACCGUGAAAAUGGCAUCAAUGGCUUUUUAGUCACGCCGGUGACCGACGAUAUCUCCGGCGCUUACACCCGUCCGGCGUUAACAAAACGUUGGGCUAGUGCCGAUCUUUCUCCGGCCACGGAAGGUGAGCCAGCCGCGGCAUCCUCAGAUCCCGGACUUCCAAUUCCACGCUCGAAACUUCUAGAGCCUGAGCCUGAGCCUGAGCCACCCGAGCGGUCAGCCCGUGGGAUUGCAGUCGGCGGCCCGCCACAUGCUGUUCCUCAGUGUACUCCAAUAAUAGUGUAUUAA